AUGAUUUCUUGUUUGAUCGAUUUUCUGCUCGGCACACCUGCACACCGCGGUCACCGUACUCGCGGCGUUCGUUUACUAUUAUACUACCAACACGACAAGAGGCGAAAGUUGAAAGUACCCCACGACCCGCCGUGGCCGCUGGUGGGCAACACCUUGAAGACGAUGACUUUGAUCGAACACCAGUUGGCCACCAUCGACGGGAUUAACAAACGGUUUGCCGGCGAGAAAUACUGCGGAGCUUAUCAACAAUAUAUAUUGAUCAAGGACUUCUCGAACUUCGUGGACCGUGGUUUCCACAAGGACCCGGCCUUGAACAUAAUCGCCAAAGGGUUGUUCUUCAUGGAGGGUCCCGAGUGGAAGGUGAUGAGACAGAAACUGAGCCCGGGAUUCACGUCCGGCAACCUGAAGUUGGCCCACAACCAGAUCGCGGAGUGCAGUGACGAGCUGUCGAGCUGA